GAACAUCAGGUAAGGUAACGGUUUAACGGAUUUAAUGCUAUAUAAGUAGCCUACAACUUUACUGAACGGCGAGCAAAAAUGUGCUUCUUAAACAGAUACAGUAUGACUGACUGCAGUAUUUUGCCGAUAGUUUACGUUGUUUUUUGAUACUAUACACUUUAAAUCCUCUGCCUGAAAAGGUGUAUUGAUUUCUGAAUGAGAAUGUCUGAAAGGGUUGUCGUUAAAAAGAUUUUAGAAGCGGAAAGCGCAGACGAACUGAAUGCUAACGAAAGUGAAAGCACAGCUUCAAAUGUGUUUGAAACUUAUAUAACUACCGUGAGUAAAAUCGGAAAAGAGACAGCACCUGCGAAAAAGGUUGGAAGAGUUGUUCUGCCAGAACCACUGGGGAGAUUUCGUAGUUCGCGAGUUCGUAACAUAGAUGCUCUUGGUAUGGAAUCGAUUCUAAAUUCCAUGGGCCAUGGUCCCACUCAAUCAACACAACAUAGAAACUUAAUUGUCGGAAACGUACAUGAUGUUUGUGGUGUUUGCAUUGCCCAACUAAAAUUCACUUGAAUACAUGAUUGGCGUUUUGUACCUAAUCGGUUCAGUAACGAAGAUUGGAAACGAUUAAAGGAAAAAAUGUAAAAACUUCUUUUUUAUCCAUAUUUAGCGUGGCCAAAAUCUUUGUAAAAGCUAUACAUAUUUUUUACUAAUUCUGCCGGAAAGGGGAAUACUUCAUAAAAUCCGCUCACACCAAAGUAUAGCUUUUUGAACUGUCAUUUUAUUGCACUUUUUAACAGAAAUUGUAGAUUCUACAGAGUGGUAUUUUUGCUGUAUACAGUUAUAAGGUAUUUUUUGACAUUUCUUGCAACGUAGCCUACAUGCGCUUAUUUUCUUCCAACUAAACAUAAAUAUGUUUUUAACUGUAAGCGUGUUUUAUCAACUGUUGUUUUGUCGCUAUAUAUCCUCCAUUUUUGUUUAAAACAUUUUAAACUUUUCGCUACCGUAAUCGAAGAGACAAAUAAAGUUAUUAAUAUUAACGGUGUGCUUAUUAUUACGCUGUGCGUUUUUUUAUGUUUCCUGUUUUCUUCUAAUAUUUAUUUUAUUUAUUCUAAACACAACGUUUAUAGAAGUACGGAGCAUCAUAUAAUGUUGUGUUAAAACAACCCGUUUUACUCCAAAUUUUUAAUCACCUAAUUAAACAAACAACGAUGAAAAAGUCAACAGAUUUCACUUUACAACCGUUGAUAGGCAAAACAGCCAGACGGAAAUUUAUCUUCAACUUUUGUAAAAUGUACAUACUCCAUAUGAUCGACAUAUUUCAACUUUUUCUCCGAGCAUAACUUUUCAACAUUUUUUACGAAUUGUUGGCCGUAUCCUUCUGUGGUUUUCAAUCUUCUUGUAAUCAGUAGUAAACCACCUCGUUUGAUAACGUUGAUUAUUCC